CACGAACCUAUGCGGUAGUAGGAAGUGUUGAGGAGAGAACACGCCAGUGCGCGGGUGGUUAAAGGGGACUGCAGGGUAUUUUUAAUAUCCGUCAGAGUAUAUCGUCUUUGAUAGCACACUUCCAUUUAUCACUGCUAAAGAUGUCACCAGAUGAAUUAGUCUACCUAGGCAUCCUUGCUGCAUCAGUACCUGUAGGAUUCCUCUUCCGCUACCUAAGUCCUCCAGUCAAGCAGGGGGCAGCAUUGCUGUUAGGUUUGAUCAUCUCUAUAGCAACCUGUGGGCUCCACACUCUACACUCUCUAUGUACAGUGUUAGGAACAUGGUUGAUUAUAAAGAUCAACUGGCGAAGUUCCCCUGCUCUGUCUUUGGGUUGGACGUUUCUGUACCUCCUCUUUUUCCGUCUGGUCACCUGGUUUGGCCUCCCUCAGCCAACACCUUUUGCAAAUGCCAUUCAACUUCUGUUAACAUUGAAGAUGGUCAGUUUAGCCAAUGAGAUUCAAAGUUAUCACUUGGAGAAGAAAAAGGAAGUGAGCGCCUUCACCAAAUCCCCAGUGGUGGGAGGACUUUCCCAUGAGCCUUCACUUUAUGACAUUAUGUCAUACAGCUACUGCUAUGUGGGCAUAAUGACAGGUCCUUUCUUCCGUUAUCAGACAUAUGCAGACUGGUUGCAGCAGUCUAAUCCUCUGUCAUUGCCGGGUAAAGAGCCCUGCCUGCAGAGGCUGAAGAUGGUGCCUGUUUACGGAGCUCUCUUUAUAGCCGUCAACUCUGUCUUUCCCUUGUCCUAUGUCCGUACUGAUGAAUUCCUGGAGCACAACUAUUUUUACAGGUUUUUCUACAUGGUAGCAAUAUUCUUUGUAUUCCGGAUGCGUUUCUACUCUGCGUGGUGUGGGGCAGAGGCUGGCUGCAUCAGUGCAGGUCUAGGCUGUUACCCCCAUGGGGCACUUUCCAAACCUGGAGGAGGGCCAACGGUGAAAUAUAGUCCUGAUCCAAACACAGCUGUGGAGUAUGACUUUAAAACGAUCCAGAACAUCGACUGUUAUAAUACAGAUUUCUGCGUAAAGGUUCGGCAUGGCAUGCGCUACUGGAACAUGACGGUGCAGUGGUGGCUUCACAACUACAUCUACCCCAAUACUCCUUUCAGAGCGUAUGCUCUCAGGGCUGGAUGGACUAUGUUAAUCAGCGCUUAUUGGCAUGGCCUCCAUGCUGGUUACUACCUCUCUUUUCUCACUAUCCCAUUGUGUAUAGCAGCAGAAUCAGCCAUGGAGGCAUCAGUCAGAGCCCGUCUAGGGCCGAUGGGCCAGAAUAUCUUCGACUGGAUCCACUGGUUCCUCAAGAUGAGGGCUUACGACUACAUGUGCAUGGGAUUUGUUCUCUUAAAGGCCAGCGACACCAUCAACUACUGGAGCUCCAUAUACUUCAUAAUUCACAUCAUUGCUGUUGUUUGUAUAGCAGUAGGACAAAUGAUGAAAGGAGGUAAAAAGAGAGAGAGAAGGGAACGAGGUGAAGGAGAGAAAGAGGAUGUGGUAAGAGAGAAGUCUGAGUGAAACGAAUGUGUGACAUGCUGAUCGUUCUGAUAAACGGAGAGUUGGUAUUUUUAUGCAAAACCAUUUCCCAACAUGUACCGUAAUAGCCAUCAACUGCCAUUAAAGGUAUUAUUUUUUUUUUUUUAAAACAACACAGACAGAAGAGUAGUAGAUUAUAGACACGAGGACAUCCAUCUUUAUUUUAUUAAAAGUGAAAAUAGCUUUCAAAUAAUUUCCAAAAUGUUAAUGUUAUCAGUUGUUUUGUUACAUAUAUUGAAAAGUGAUUCUUUUAGUUAUCUGGUGAAAAACAGUGCAAUGUAUAUAUUCAUCCUGACCAGGUCAGUAUUGUUUAAAUUAUGAUCUUGUUGCUUUAAACAAUUGGAAAGGAGGUUUGUAUUUUAAUAGUGGUUCUCUGCUCAUCGUUGACCUUGGGAAAUGAAUCUCCCACACAGAGUACUUAUAACUGAAUCCAUCCAUUCAUUUACAAAAAAAUAAAAAUAAAAAUAAAAACCUGAUAAAUGAUGGACCCGUAUCACUACUUUGAGCACAAAUUUGUGGUGAUUUACUCUCUGUAAUGGUGUAUUUGAGGUAAUACAACCUUUAUAAUAACAAGGUGUAUGUAUGGAACAUUAAAAGUUAGUCUGCCUUGUUUUUCAUGCAUUCUGAGGGAUGGAUUGAGUAUCCAUUGAUGAUUAAUGUAUGUCAUGUAUAUCAAUAUUAUUAUUCUACAAAGAAUGUGAAAGUAGUUGGUAACUUUCAUUUCAACUUUUUCACUUUUUCAGAAAAUAGGAGUGAGUGUUUUUGCUAUUUUGUUCAUUCGUUUUUCAGUUUAAUACCACAUGUUGUAAAGUGCAGCUUAAAAUUAUCAAGCAAAGAUUUUGCACCAAUUGUUUCAAAAGUAAUGCAUUAUUAUUAAGAUCUUUUCAAAAGAGCUCAAAAGUUCUGUUCUUACAAAAUCAAAUUGUAAUGAACAGUCCUAUUUUAUAACAUUCAGAAUAUUUGUCCUUGUACACUGGAGUGGAGCCGGGGUUUAGUUUAUUGAUCGGUUGAGAUUGUAUCAUGGUUCCUGUAAUGUCUUCCUGCUAUGUUGUAUCUCUUAUGUUUACUUUCUGGAGUAUUAAACACAGAAUGUGCCACUUCAA